UCCAGCCUUCCGGCCAUCUGUUCAUCGGAGGACCUUCGUGCUGCACGGAGCCGAGCCCAUGUGCCCUGGGGCCGCCGACAGGCAGAUCGCGUCCUGAGGCUGCUGUCCCUGGAUUAUGGGUACGACGGCCAGCACUGCCCAGCAGACAGUGUCGGCGGUGACAGGCCCCCCAUUCGAGGGCCUCCAGGGCUGUGGUGGCAUGGAUGACCGCCACUCACUCAGCAUUCACUCCUUCCAGACCACUGGCCCUCAUAACAGCCGGGCCAAGUCCAUCAUCCCCAACAAAGUGGCCCCAGUUGUGAUCACGUACAACUGUAAAGAAGAGUUCCAGAUCCAUGAUGAAGUGCUCAAGGCCCAUUACACAGUGGGCCGGAUCUCAGAGGCCACGCAGGAGCACUACCUGGUCCAGGGACGCUACUUCAUGGUCCGAGAUGUCUCAGGGAAAAUGGAUGCCUUGAACACCACAGGGAGCUGCGGGGCCCCCAACUUCCGCCAGGCCCGAGGUGGGCACGCUGUGUUUGGCAUGGGGCAGCCCAGCCUUGCAGGCUUCAAGAGGGUUCUCCGGAAACUCCAGAGCGAUGGCCAUAAGGAGUGUGUCUUUUUCUGUGUCCGUGAGGAGCCUGUCUUGUUUUUGCGCAUGGAUGAUGAUUUUGUGUCUUACACGCCUCGGGACAAACAGAACCUGAGUGAGAAUCUCUGUGGACUGAGCCCGGCUGUCCAGGUGGAGAGCUUGGAGCUGGCCAUUCGGAAAGAGAUUCAUGACUUUGCCCAGCUGAGUGAGAACACGUACCAUGUCUACCAUGACAUUGAGCACUUCCGGGAGGAGCCACACUCGGUGCCGGUCCAGAAUGAGGAUGACAUCCAUGUGACGGAGGAGGUGUACAAGCGUCCCGUCUUUCUGCUUCCGUCAUACAGGUACCACCGACUGCCUCUGCCAGAAGAUGGGGCCCCCCUGGAAGCCCAGUUUGAUGCUUUCAUCGGGUUCCUCCGGGAGAGCCCCAGCCUGCUGCCACUCCGGGACCCCGUGGGGGCACCCCCAGCCCUUCUCUUCAGCUGCCAGACCGGAAUCGGGAGGACCAAUCUGGGCAUGGUGCUGGGCACCCUCGUGCUCUCUCACUGCAGGAGGAUGACCAAGAGGCCAGAGGCAGCACCCCCACAAACUGACUCACGGCCUCUGGAGCACUUGGAGGUGGUACGGAGCUUCAUCCACAUGGUACCCAAGGGGAGGCAGAUUGUGGAGGAGGUGGACCACACCUUAGCGGCCUGCUCAGAAUUGCAUAACCUGAAGGAGACUGUCUUUGAAAACCAGAAGAAGUUGGAAGGGCUUGGCCAGGAUCACCUGCAGGGAAGUGGUGGCCAAGAACCCCGGCAGCAGAAGACUCUGCAGAGCUUGGAACGCUACUUCUACCUGAUUGCCUUCAACUACUAUUUGCACGAGCAGUACCCCCUGGCUUUUGCCCUCAGUUUCAGCCGCUGGAUGUGUGGACACCCGGAGCUGUACCGGCUGCAGGUGAACUUGAGGGAGCCUCUGGUCACCGGGGAGCUGACUGCCAAGGACGCCUGGGUGCUGGUGGCAGAUGGACCCUUCUCCCCUGACGUGCUCAGCACUGUCCGAGAGAUGAACGUGGCCAACUUCCGGAGGGUAGCCAAGAUGCCCAUCUACGGCAUGGCCCAGCCUACCGCCAAGGCCAUGGGAAGCGUCCUGGCCUACCUGACUGACUCCAAGAGGAAGCACCGGCAGGUGAGCUGGCUCAACCUUCGGGAAGAGGCGGUUGUGGAGUGCGAUGGGCAGACCUACAUGCUGCGGGAGCAGGGGAACCUGAAGGAGCCCUUUCCUGGGCCUGCUGCCUGCUCCCCCGAGCAGCUGGAGAAAUUGGAGUCCCAGCUGAAGGCCAGGGUGUUGGCUUCCCCCAAGCGGAUACAGGUGCACCCGGAUCGGGAGAAGCAGACGCCGUUCCAGACGUGCCUGACCGUGCAGGACAUUCUCAGCCAGCACCGGGACCUCUCCUACCGGCGCCUCCCCAUCCCAGGCUUUUGUGCCCCUAGGGAGCAGGAUUUUGACCGGCUCCUUGAGGCGAUGAGGGCGGCGCUGGCCAAGGACCCCAGUACCAGCUUCGUGUUCAGCUGCCUGAGCGGCCAGGGCCGGACCACGACAGCCAUGGUUGUGGCUGUCCUCAUCCUGUGGCACAUUAAUGGCUUCCCUGAGAUGGGAGAGGAGGAGAUCGUGAGCGUGCCUGAUGCCAAGUAUACCAAGGGAGAGUUUGAGGUGGUGAUGAAGGUGGUCCAGCUGCUGCCUGAUGGGCACCGGGUGAAGAAGGAGGUGGAUGUGGCCCUGGACACGGUGAGCGAGACCAUGACACCGAUGCACUACCACCUGAGGGAGAUCAUCAUCUGUACCUACCGCCAGGGAAAAACAGCAAAGGAAGAGCAGGAGACCCGGACAUUGCAUCUCAGAAGCUUGCAGUACCUGGAGCGAUACAUCUUCCUGAUCCUUUUCAAUGCCUACCUUCACCUAGAGAAGAGAGAUUCCUGGCACCGGCCCUUUAGUGUCUGGAUGCUGGAGGUGGCCGCCAAAGCUGGAGUCUACGAGAUUCUCAACCAGCUGGGCUUCACUGAGUUUGAGACGAUUGAGGACAAGCCCCUGUCCAGGUUACGCUACCGCUGGCAAGAACAGACCCUGAGCCCCGGGCCCGUCCUGGGGGACUUCCUGUAGAAGGAAGCGAGCAGCAGCCCACUAGCCUCGCCUCCUGGAACGGUUCUGCUGCGGCAGUGGGCUCCUUUCCCUUCCUCCCUCUCUCUCUCCGUUUUAACUGGAGAAAGAGGGGGAUGGGCUGUGGCCUGAAGGCAAAGGCUUCUGCUUUUCCAGGAGAACUGGGUGGGGGGGUGGAGGGAACCUACGUUACUUAUAAAAGAAGCUGUGAGAGGGACCUUUUCGACACAAUAAACCGUAUUGUAAGUGAAA